CGUGGGCGCGUGUCGAAGGUCACGGCGCUCACAAUGGAGCUGUCGCCGUACGCGCAGGGCGGGUGGCGGGUGCUGGGCGACCCCCGUCGCUUCCCCCGCCGCCCCUUCGCCGCGCUGCUCCGCGCCGCCUUCCGCAGCCUCCUCGAAGACCCGCAGGCUGCGCUGGACGAUCCAGACCUGAAAGAUAUUGACCCUACAGUAUUAAAACAUUGCCAUGCUGCGGCUGCAACAUGUAUUCUGGAGGCAGGGAAGCAGAAAGCUGACAUAUCUGCUAUAAGCACUUGUCUAGAAGACUGUAAACUGGAUAAAGAGAGAAUAGAACAAUUUUGCACCGAAUAUCAGAAAAACAAGGAUGCAUUGGAAAUCCUAUUGGGAAGCAUAGGUAGAUCUCCUCUCCACAUAACUGAUGUGUCUUGGCGCUUGGAAUAUCAGAUCAAGAACAAUCAACUUCAUAAAACUUAUCAGCCUUCCUACUUGGUGACCUUAAAUGUAGAGAACAGUGAUUCAGGAUCACACCCAGAUGUUAGUUUUAGUUGUACGAUGGAGCAAUUGCAGGAUUUAGUUGGAAAACUAAAAGAUGCUGCAAAAAGUCUAGAAAGAGCGACUCAGAUGUGAUUGAAGGAAGGUGUCAGCCUGCGGAGCUGAAGUACUCUCAUUCCUAAGAGUGUCUCCUAAAUGACAAAUGUCUUUCAUCUCUUGAUGCAAACUGUCCUUUUUUUUUUUUAAGUCCCUGGAUGUGAAUUAAAUGAAACAACUUUUUUACGUCCGCAUUUGGUAUUCCUUGCUCAUGUAAUUUUUUUUUUAUUAAUUCUUGUUAAGUAUUUGCUUAACUGUCACGUCAUCAAAGCAUUCCUUCUAUCUUAUUUUGUAUAUUUUUACAUUUGUCGCUGCUUAUUUUUCUCUGUUAUCUAAUAAAAGUUUAUUCGCGCCUGUUCUGCAA